GAAUUAAAAAUCAGUUUUCGAACUCAUUAGUAUUAAAUAAAGAUCACUAUUUCUAGGAUUUAUUCCCCAGGCAAUAUGUUAUGACCUGUUCAUGUCAUCCCUCAACAGAGAUAAGAUACCCUCCUCAGACUCUGCACUCAUUGACAUCUCCGGAGGAUCUAAUAUUGGGGAUGUCAACCAAUCAGUGACAGAACUGACAUCCACGGAGCUUGAGCAACUCUGUCAUAGCUCUGAUUCGGCCUCAUCUUCAAACUUGAUCCCUAGCUUUCUAUCAUUGGGACAAUGUAUGUUCCCAAGUGCUUCUGAGUCACAGGUCACAGUGGACGACAACAACGAGAUCCAAUUCCUUCGAGAAACCGAAUUCUCAGGAACUCCUGGUCCGGGGAGGACGAGUAAUGAUCCCAUCGUAAUAUCAGAUUCUCCAAGUGGCGAUGACGAGUCAGCCUCAUCCUCCAACAUGGAGGCACAGACGGAUGGUCAGAGCAUGCUCCAUGUAGACGUAGUAGGAAGUCAGUACUCAGGUAACCCCUACAUGCCUCACACACACUCUCUGCUGCACUCACCUGAGCCCAACACACAACAGACUAGUUUGAGUCACGUUUACACUCUCCGACAUCUUCCUCCCCAGGGAAAUUUCCCCUUCCCUCAUCUAUCAUAUCAGAUCAGGCUAUCAAUUCCCCAACCUAUGACAGUGGUGCGACCUACCCCUGUUUACCGGCCUAUAAACCUCCAUCCUCCCUCCUCGGGUCCUUUACUGCACUGGUUGCAGUCGUCUCCGCUCGAAGCAGAUGGGUUCCUAGAUAGUAAUACAGGUGCCACGCAGCGACUUAUUGAGGACUGUACAACUAAAACGCGUUUCAUCAAGAGAAUGCCAUCGAAGAACAAGGCCCUAAAUGCAAAAAGGCAGACCCCGAAAUGUCCCAUCUGUUUAGAAGAGUUUUUAGAUAAAGUCAAGAUUAGACGGCUGCGGUGUAUCCACAACUUUCACAUCAAGUGCAUCGAUCAGUGGUUAAAGAAGAACAUGAUAUGUCCUGUGUGUCGCAAAUCCAUUCUAGCCAUAUAAAACCUCCAGGGUCACUUUUUUACUUUUCUAUAAUCUAUUGCUGCGAUUAAGACCCAUCAGUUCCAGUGCCGUCAGACAGAUUCAUUGUGUUAAAUGCGAAUUUCCUAAAAGUCGAGGACUGAUUUUAGCUGAGCAUGACUUGUAACUAGUAGUGUUACUAUGGUUACUUGAUGAGGACGAUGAUGAGGUGAUCAGUUGCAAGUGCCGUUGAUAAAGUUGAUAGAAUGCUUGCGGAGGAUACUAUCAAUUAAUUACAAACCAAUUAUUAUAAUUGGAUGAGAGUGCGGGCACAUACCUUUCGCAGAUCAGAGUUGAACAAAAGAGAAACUUACUGAGAUUAAAGUAUUUUUCCAUUUUUUUAACUGUUAAAAUUGAAAACAAGUAUUUAUGUAUUUGAAAAUGUAAAGUAUAUGGAUUGUGGACAUUAUUGCUGCCCUAAAUUUAUUUUAUAUUGCAUGACAAGCAAAAUAUAAAUGCCAUGAUACUUAAAUAGCAGAACAUAUUUUAACACUAAUAACAUUUUAUAACGAUUAUCCGGAAGGAGCAUCAUGAUACUUAUUGCUGGAGUAGUAGAUGUGAUCGUGUUCAUUGUUGGAAGAUAAGAGUGACCAGAAAGCCAUCACGGUGUCAGUUGUCACUGGAUUUUAGGUUUUAAUAAAGUUGAUAUCGUAUUCAAAGGGCACACUGCUUUAAGUAUAAGUUGGAAUAGUGAUUUCCAGAUUUACGUUGACACGUGGUGUUUUGAUUUAGUAACUGUGGAAACUGUACGUUACCAAUAGUAACCACUAGUAACCAGUAGUAAUCAUGUUAUUGUAUCUGCAUUUUUAAAUGGAAUUUAUCAGUCAUGUGACAUGAUGUCAUAAAACAUGUUUAAAAUGAUUCAAAUUCACGUUCAUUUUUCGUUCAUAUAUUAAUGUCAGAUAAAUGUGUUAUCUUCAUGAGUGUGUGGAAUGUUACUGAAACUGAUCCAGGACCACAGGAGAUUUUGACUGGUUGAAAAUGUGGUCUUAUAUUGCGUUAAAUUUCCAAAAACUAGACGUAGUGUCAAUGACCAUGGUAAUUGACACUACGCAUAAUAGAAGUGAUACAAUGACUAUCAUAUCAAUAUCGAAAAAUUACAAUGUUUUGAGAAAUUUUACAUGGUAGUCACAUGAUAAUUUUUCUGAUUUUAAAAUGAUGAUCACAAUUUCAACUAUUUACGUCUGACAAAGCUGUUAAAAGACACGAGUAGGUAAUGCGAAACAGUGUCCGAUCAUCACAGCAAACUAAUGGGUUUCAUAAAUUAUAUAUCAUUAAAUUGUACAAUGUACAUAAUAUAUUUUAGAUGAUAGUCA